AUGCUAAACAGGGCCGAGAGAGAAAUUGGGUUUGUUAAGGAACAGGCUGAGGGAAGGGAGGUUGAGCAAGAGUUUGGGUAUUAUGAUAGUGUGUUUGCAGCAGGGAUUACAGGGGAGAUGAGAUCAAAGGAAAUAAUGCAAGAUUGGAGCUCUUUUGGGAUUAUUGAUCCUUAUCUGGCACAAAAAACUUUGAAAGAAGCAGUUCAGGAUUCUAAUAUUUCCAUUUAUCAUUCCAGAAAAAGUUCAGAAAACGUACCCAAAAAGGCUGUUUUGAGCAAAUCUCUGAGGCAAAUUAACGACAAUAUUUCGAAUGAAAUAAAUAAAGAAUCAGCAGAUCUUACUACGUCCUCUUCUCAACAACGAUCUUUUACAAAAGUUCAUUAUAAAAUCUUCAAAAUUGAGAAGUACUCUAAGAGAUUCACAACAGCAAAGCAAUCGAAAGCCAAUUUCAGAGGAGAUGCUGAAAUGAAGAAAGCUCUCAGAUUUAUCAAAAUGUCACUAAAGAAAUUAUUUAAAUCAAUGAAUGAAAAGGUAAUACAAAAGAGAUAUGUCAACUGAAGCUCUCGUGAGAUCUUCCAAACUAUGAAGCUGACUCUCCAAAGUGUUAUCCCUAAAGAAUUUCUUGAAGAUGACUUAGUUUAUUAUACUGUUGGUAUACUAAAUAUUAAGAAGGCGUCUCAACUUGGCUGUAAGCAAAAGGUUAAAAGAGAAAUUUCAGACUUCAUUCAAACUAGCAAUAAUUUCACUUACAAAAGACUCAAGAGAGCCAUGCAGUCUUUUAAUCUUAGAGCUCUGUGUAGAUACAUGAUCUCACAAGCAAAUGAGCUCAUAGCAGAGACAUUGCAAAAAGCACUGGAUUUUGAAUAAAUGCUUCAUAUUAAAUUGCACUUUGUGUUCUUAAGAAGAGUUUACGAUAAAAGAGAGUUAAGAAGACUUAAAGGAGCAAAAAUAUUUGUA